AAAUAUCGCAAAUUUGCAUAUCGCGAUAUGCAUAUCGUAAUGAUUUGCGAUAAAUGAAAAAAAGUAAUACAAAGCUAUAUAGUUUUACGACACAGAUCAUCUGACACGCGGACGUUAGUUGUGUGUGUGCGUGCGCAUAGCGCCCGCGUGCUCACUGCUCUGACGUCUGACCAUCAACAAACCAGCACGCAGUGAAUGACGCGCUCAUAGCAAACUAAUAUGAUAAAAUGAGCCAGCCUGAGACAUCCACAGCUGCUGCCAACGAUUUAGUGCCAAAACGAAGAAGCACCUCAAAGAUAUGGCAGUUUUUUGGAUUUAAAAGAGAUGACCACAUGCAGACUGAAGUUAAAUGUAAAACAUGUAAAUCUCGUGUAGCAACGAAAACGGGAAACACUUCAAAUCUGUUCAGUCACCUCAAAGCAAAGCACAACGAUUUGUAUCAGCUAUGCUCGGCAGAAAAAUCUUCAAGCUCAGGUGAAUCAACCCUCGUUCACCAACCCAAGCAACAAUCCAUAUCAUCAAGCUUCGAAAGCAUAACACCAUAUCCUGUAAGUUCCCGCCGUCAUAGUGAGAUAACCAAGGCCAUUACACGCUAUCUGGCAAAGGAUAUGGUUCCGAUCGCCACAGUCGGGAAACCAGGGUUUUUGCACCUGAUGUAUACCAUCGACAAACGGUACAACAUUCCCUCUCGAACCUAUUUUUCACGCAUUGCUAUCCCCCAAAUGUACGAGCAUACUCGCGACCGUGUCAUGUUGGAACUGAGAGAUGUCGAACAUUUUGCAUGUACAACGGACGUCUGGUCCAGUAGGACAACAGAGCCGUACAUUAGUUUAACGGUUCACUUUAUUGACAAAGCCUUUAAGAUGAGAAGUCUGUGCUUACAGACAGCAUAUUUCCCCAGUGAACACAGUGGGGAAAACAUAGCGCUGGGACUGCGAGAGGCUUUGUCUGGUUGGAAUUUGAAUGAGGCGCGUCUAGUGUGUUUUACCACGGACAACGCAACCAAUAUGAUCAAAGCGGCGGAAAUAAAUGGUUGGCCCCGACUACAGUGCUUCGGGCACAGACUGCACCUUGCUAUUGAAAAUGCUGUCAAAGGUGACACACGCAUCAGUCGUGCUCUAGGAGUGUGCAAAAAGCUAGUGGGACAUUUUUCCCAUAGCUGGAAAAAGAAAGAAGCGCUAAAGAAAGCACAGAGAGAGCUUAACCUGCCAGAACAUGGUCUCAUCACAGAGUGCCCUACACGAUGGGGCACUAAGCAACAAAUUAUGGAAAGGAUCCUGGAACAGCAGAGGGCUCUGUCACAAGUUCUCUCUGAAAAUCGGAGUACAAGACAUCUGGUUCCAUCUUGGCAGGACAUUGAGGUCCUUGAGUCUGUAAACAAGGCAUUGAAGCCACUUCAAGAUUUUACAGAUGCUUUGUCUGGGGAAGAAUACGUGAGCAUUUCCUUUCUACUUCCAGUUCUUCGUUUACUGAACACACAAACCCUUGCUGCUGACGAGGAAGACACAGAGCUGACAUGCUCAAUUAAAACCAAAGUGCUGGGCUACAUAGAGGCAAAAUAUGAGAAUCCUGCAACCCAAACUCUCUUGAACAUUGCCACUUUUUUAGAUCCAAGGUUCAAAAAAAGACUACAUUCCUAA